UCUAAUAUUUACUAUUUAAGUUUGCAAUGAUACUCAAAUUAUCGCCGAGUCAUUUUAUUUUACUGGAAAGGCCGAUGCGCCAGCAUGAUUUCUUCAUGUUCUGCGUAUCGAACAAAACACUUGAAGCUUCAAAGUUCAUUAGAUUAGUUUUGGCGCCAUUGGUUUGCAAGAACCUUGAUAAUAAUGCACAAUGGAAUGACCAAUGAAAACUGCCAAACAACAGAAUAAUAACGUGAACUUGCAAAGCUUGGGCUGGAAUUGGUUCUGAAAUGGUAGAAAGGAAGGGAAGUACCUUUUAUUGUUUUAUAUUCUGGUUUUGUACCUUUGCCAAAUUUUACAUGUUAUUUUAAGCCAGAUUAUUAUUAAAGCUUCAAGUUUCACAUUAUUGUUAAAUAGUUUGCCUUCUGCUGCAAUUAUCUCCUGCUAUGUGGGGCUCAAUGUAUUCCAAAUAAAAUAAAAAUAAAAUAAAAUAAAUGAUUGGUAUCGACCUUUCGAACACCCUGUGUUAAUAUUCCCUCAAGAUUAGCUAUUCAAAUUCUGAACAACCCCCCGUAAUUGGGCAUUCGAAAAAAACUACUGUGACCUUGUGCUGGCCAAGCCCCGCCUUCAUGGUGUUUGAUGUAUCUACGUGUUCUGUGUCAAAGUGACAAGGGAACCUUAAUAAGGUUAUGUUUAUUAUUUACAUUUUAUCUUUUAUCAGUGAUGCGUUUUAAUAUGCAAACUGUCUAUAAUGCCUAAAGAAUAAUGAUGACAAUAAGCCAUUACUAAAAAGAAAAUGUAGGUGAACUAAGGAAAAAUAGGUACAGCAAAAGUAAAUCAAUUGUAUAGACAGCAUAGCAUGAUCAAGUUUUGAAUACCCUCUUUUGGAAGUUUUGUUGAUAAUAGCAAUGGAUCAGGAUGAUCGUUCAUCACCUUCACCACCUCCACCUAGUGAACCUGCACCAAGGCUACCACCACCACUGCCUUUACGCCCAACAAGACCUUCAGAAAAUUCUCUCAGUACAGAAACAGCACCGGAAAUUGACGAGGAUGAUAUGUCCCAGCAAAUGACUCAGUCUUACAGUGAAAUAUCAUUCCAAUCAGGUUUUAGUCCUGAUACUGACAUUCCAUCCCAGAUCCUUGAUGAAGUGACUGAAGAGAUUCUAACCAGACCAAUGACCUUACCUUGUGACAGCAAUAAGCCAGAAGCAGUGUCUCUUACACCUCUGACCUUAGAGGGAUCCGUGCAUAAGGAAGGGAACAUGACUCAUUUUGUUACUGAGGAUCUAGAGCAGAAGCUCCGACUUUGUAGCCCUGUUAGUAAGAAAGACACACCUGGAACUUCAUCUAGCUCAAGAGCUUGCACCCCUAGUCCACUAUAUAGGCAGCUUUUAGGACCUCAAAUUGGACAGCUAGAUACUGCGUUGAUAAAUGAUCUAGAAUGCGAGGCUCAUAGAAUGGCAACAUCAAUUGAUAGCUUAAUAGAAAAUUUGUCCGAGAUUUUACAUUCGAUAUCAUCUAUAACCGCCGAUAAUGUAGAUGUAUAUAAAAAUGCAGUUUCAAAAAUGUCAGAUGCUAUGGACUCAAAUAUAAAGAGUAUGUAUACAAUGAUGGCUAAAGUGGAGGAAGUUACCCAGUCGAUGAAAAUCGUAGAAACACAUGCAGCAAGAAUAAAGGAGAUCAAAAGGCUAGUGGAUUUGUUCGAAAGUUUUGUGUAGAUAUGUAAUUAUGUAUGCCAUGUUAAUAAUAAUAUAUUAUUUAUUAUUGCAAAUAAAAUAAUAUUCAGUAGCA